GACCAAACACAACCUUCUGAACACUCAAUGUAGAACAGAGCAGUAGUUUAUGGCUUUAAAUGCCCGCUAUAGGAUUCUCAAUAUAACAAUACAUUUCGCACUAAAAUAAUAAAUAUAAGGCAUUUUUAUCAUUGUUUUAUGUAGUCGAAAAUAGGAUCAAAUUGAUUGGUUAGAAUAUGUACUGGGAGAAGAAGAUAACUUGUAUUUUACUAUUGUUUGAUUUGACUGCUGCUGAAUCAUUUCAUGGCAGUACUGGGAAAAGAGCCGUUCCAGCUCCGAACUUUGUUGUCAAUUUGGAUUUACCACCAGCGCAUAGAUGGGAUGAUGUUUUGAAACAUUUUGACAGAAGAGCUCUCAUUGACUCCUAUAAUAUUAUAUUCAAAUUAUUCGAAGACACCGAAAUUUGGAAAAUUGUUGAAAAAUUGUCUGAUAAUAUAUACGAGCAUAUUCCAAAAACUUACGCCGAGGAAAUUACAGGAAUCAGUAAAUUUCUCGGAGUUGAUGCCAAAAUGAUUCUUCUUUUAAACUUAGUCUACGAUGCAGAUGCGUUUGGAUCUAGUACAGGAAAAGCAUGUACUAGUAUUGUUGCAAUGAAUACAAAAGGUGAAAUCUUCCACGGACGAAAUCUUGAUUUUUAUCCCUUUGUUCGUAACAUGACUAUAGACGUAGAAUUCCAACACAACGGUAAGACACUUUACGAGGUGACAACUGUGGUGGGAUACGUUGGUGUCUUGACAGCAACAAAAUUUGGAAAAUUUUCAUUAUCUGCCGAUGAAAGAGAUUAUGGUGGAUGGCAGAAGAACGUCCAAUUUGCUUCCAAUGGAUCUAUGCCGACCUUGCUCCUUGCCCGACAGGUUUUAGAAAAGGCAAACGAUUAUGAAAAUGCAAUUUCAUUACUGAUGACAGCUGCAACAAUAGCUCCUAUUUAUUUCAUAGUUGGUGGCGUUGAGACAGGUAAUGGUGCUAUUGUAACGAGAGAUAGAUGGGGAGGGAUAAAUGUGACCAGAAUGAGAGACAAGACUCAUAACAGGUGGUUUAUAGUUGAAACUAAUUACGAUCCAUGGAAGAGCCCACCUGCUAAAGAUGACAGAAGAGAUGCGGUUAUUGAAUAUAUGAAUGAGAAUGGACAAGAGAAUAUUAAUGCAGACACACUUUAUGAAGUUCUAUCUACAUCUCCAAUAUUUCGCGAAAUCACAGUUCAUACGACGAUCAUGAGUGCUCAGGACAAGAAUGUCUACCGAACUAUGAUAAGAUAUGAUGCUCCAGAAAAAGACGAUUUCUUAGAUGAUAUUUUACUUUAAUUUCAUGUAAAAACGUACAAAAUUUUAUUCUUUCAUAUAACAAAUCUAACUAAUAAUAUUACUUCUUAUAUAUUUAUCACAAAUAUACACGAAGUUCAAAAAAGAAAAAUCGAUAAAUCAAUACAAACUUAUCGUAUCAGCUGAAGCUGAAGAUACAGUCACGUUAAUUUGUAUCAACGCAAAUCACAAACGAUCCUUCUAACUAAAUGCUGGGAAUUCAUGGUUAAGCACUUGGGACCAUUUAAGUCACAACUUUAGGUGUAUUUUUCCGACAUCGGUACCGUACCCACAUGUACUUUUCAGUCCCAACGCAUGGAUCACCAAACUUUUGGUUUGUUACUUUAAACGAGCAUGUUAUUUUGUCGUCACAGAACUCUUCUAAUUCGUCCUCACAAUCACAUACACACGAGGUCACUUGUAGACGGGUAGAUUUAGGAGGGCAUCUAAAAUAGAUGAUUAUUUUAUUCAAAAAACUAAACAUAUACGAGAUGUUAUACUGUUUCAAGUUGUCUUUUCCGUGCAAUAAAUUGAAAUAUUAUGAGUUUAGUUUUGAAACAUGAGAUGUCGAGAUGAAGGAGAAGUCCCACAAAACCAAAUAUAAUGGCAUUGUGCAAAAACAAAUUUAGUCGAUUUUCAUACCAUUUGCGCACGUGACAUAGUAAAUUUACGGCUAGAAAUAUCUGGAAUUGUGGGAAAGCAUUGUAGUCAAAAGCUUUUUAUUUUUCAUAUUGACAUGUAAGAAUUUGUGAAUAGCCGCCCGAUAUUGGCUCAAGGUGGUGGGCUGGAAAUCCAGUUCACAGCCAAGGCGCAC